AUUCUUGACGUCUGGGUUUUUGGCGAGAUUUGGUGUCAGGGCUGGUUGGUUAUCGACGUCUGGAUGUGUACAGCAAGCAUCCUCAAUCUGUGCGCCAUUUCCAUCGAUCGGUAUCUGGCGGUCACUCGUCCCGUGCGCUACAGAAGUAUUAUGACAUCAAAAAGAGCCAAAAUAUUCAUUGCCUGUGUAUGGGUCCUGUCAUUCAUCAUAUGCUUUCCUCCGCUCGUCGGUUGGAAUGACAAGAAGACACCAUUCAUUCAGUCAGACAACAGAUUGGAUGCCGACUCGAGUCUCCAUUUACUGACGAUCACCACUCAUUCAUAUCCGACAACAUUAAGCAAACAAAGUGAACAAACCUCUACUCCUGUGCCCAGUCUUCAUGAGCUGAACAUGUCUUCCGUUGGUGUCAUCUCGAGUACCAGUCCGUCGAUAAACACUCCCAACAGUCAUAACGACAAAGAGAUUCAUUCAAUGAAUAGUUUGAAUGACUUUAUUAACAAAACCAGUGAUGAGUCGACUUAUAACCGGGACUGUAGUCCCACUCGAGUGAAGUGCGCUCUGUUCCAGAACAAGGGUUAUGUCAUAUACUCAGCCCUCGGAUCCUUUUACGUCCCCAUGUUUGUGAUGGUGUUCUUCUAUUGGCGCAUAUAUCUGGUCGCUAGUCGGACAUCCCGUGCCCUCAACAGGGGCUACAAGACCACCAAAUGCAACGGCUCUCACGACGAGCGCCUUACUCUCCGAAUCCACAGGGGGUGCGGGGAUGACGUCCAGAGCACCGCCGCCCCCACCAAUACGUCCACAUACUUGUCAACCCAUAACGAGAGCAACACUCUAAACACGACAGUCUUUUCCGCGUCCACCGGCGCCUCUAAGCCCCGGUCACCCCAUUUGCGCCAAAACAACCUCGUUGAGAGCCAAGUGAGUGAUCACAACCAGUCCAUCACUUCCAAGUCGCGAAGAGGCGCUCACAACAAGCCGACCACCAUUACUGUCACCCCAAACACCACCAGUGGUGCGACCAGUAGUGGCGGCAAAAAGCAAAUGCCUAUCACUUUGUACCGCUCGUCCCGACUCACAGCCAGUCUCUCUCCGAACAAUUGCGAACAAAACGGUCAAAACCGACGGAUGUCUCCCAGCAAUCAGUCCACUCUCAGCCUCCCCUCAUCCAGUAGUCCCUGCUCUUCGAGGGAAGGGAGCGCCAGGAGUGGCAAACUAGUGAUGACCCGAUUCAGCAAAAGGACGUCCAAAUAUCAGGCAAAACGAUUUCACGCAGAAACCAAAGCCGCCAAAACUGUCGGCAUAAUUGUCGGCGGAUUUAUACUCUGUUGGCUGCCAUUCUUCACCGUGUACUUAGCAAGGGCAUUCUGUGUUAAUGAGGAUUGUAUACCCGAUCUACUGUUAUCUAUAUUUGUUUGGUUGGGUUAUUGCAAUUCAAUGAUCAAUCCCUGCAUUUAUGGAUUGUUUAGUAAAGACUUUCGCCGAGCCUUUAGGAACAUAAUGUGCCGGUGCAAGUUCAGGGAAGAGACUGUCAGUUCACUCAUACGACAGAUCCAUAUGCCCACC